AUGCAAGGGGGAAGUCGCCUAAGGAUGGCCGUAGGGUCCGGAGACCGGAGUUUGGACCCAGCCUGCUCCUUCAGCUAUGCGGACACCACGACACCCCGUAGAGCAGGGGCCCCAGGAGGGUGGGGCUUGGCUUGGGAUCGGUCCCCUGCCCUUUCCCCGCCCCCGCCCCUCCCCACCACCCAGUCCCUCUCGGUAGUCCCCAGGGGAUCGCGGGAAAUCCCUGGCAGGCCGGCCGCCCCCGAAGGAGAGGCCCAAGAGAGUCCACCUACGAGACGACCUCCGGAGUUCCUAGAGAGGAGCCGGAAGAGGUCUGCAUGGCCUUCGGCUGAGCUUCCGGCCUGCCCAUUGUUCUCAAAGUGCUGCCGUACCCCCCCGGAAUCGGGGGGGGGGGGUGGUGUUUUCAGACCCCGAGGCUCCCUGUGGACUUCGCAGCCGGUGAGUGGUGAGGUCUCGGGCCCGGAGCGGCGGAGUCGGGGCGCUGACGACACCCCGCGGGGUGUCCAAGCCCGAAAGCCAAGUCCGAUGGCUCCCUCCCUGGGGCAAGGAUUUCUGUUUCCUAAAACUGCCAUGAUCUCCCAGCCUGGUCAAGAACAGGAAUUAUGGGUCCUGGAUCUUCAUAGAGCUCUGGACAAAAAGGACUCAAAGGAAGUCUAUCACAAUGACAAUGCCAGGACCAAGAUUGAGGAUUUGAACAAGGAGACUUUGGAGGGGGAAAUUUUCAAAGAAGAAUCACACCCAAGGACAAUAGGAUGCAUCCAAAAGGAUAUACCCCAGGAGCCCAUAUUUAGAGAAGCCACUGAAUGGAAAGAUAGUCUAGAGAGGCAAUGGGAAUACACUACAGGAAAAAGAGAGGAGAGAAGUUUCUUGGAAGUGAUUGUUAAGGACAAGACAAGUCCUAGAGAAGAGAGAGACAAGGUGUAUAAGCAGUAUGAAGAAAGCCCAAGUCUUACUUCCAAACUCCUCAUACAUCAGACAUAUCCUAAAGGACAGAGAUCACAUAAAUGUGGUGAAUGUGAAAAACACUUCAGUCGAAAUUCAGACCUUCUUCGACAUCAGAGAAUUCACACUGGGGAAAAACCCCAUAAGUGUAUUAACUGUGGAAAAGCUUUUAGUAGAAGCAAAAACCUUAUUCAACAUCUGAGAAUCCACACUGGAGAGAAACCUUAUCAAUGUAAUGUGUGUGAGAAAGCCUUUAAUCAAAACCAAAGCCUUAUUCAGCAUCAGAGAAUUCAUACUGGGGAGAAACCCUAUGAAUGUAAUGAAUGUGGAAAAAUGUUUAGUCAUAGUUCACAUGUUAUUGUACAUCAGAGAAUCCACACAGGGGAGAAACCUUAUCAGUGUAGUGAUUGUGGAAAAGCCUUCAAUCAGAGUUCAAGCCUUAGUCAGCAUCGGAGAAUCCACACUGGAGAGAAACCUUAUGCAUGUAAUGACUGUGGCAAAGCCUUCAGUCAUAGUUCACACCUUAUUGUACACCAGAGAAUCCAUACCGGAGAGAAACCCUUUGAAUGUGAUGACUGUGGCAAAGCCUUCAAUCACAGCUCAAGCCUUAUUGCCCAUCACAGAAUCCAUACUGGAGAAAAACCUUAUAAAUGUAAUUUUUGUGGUGUAUCUUUUAGUCAGGGUUCAUCUCUUAUAGAACAUCAAAGAAUUCACACAGGGGAAAAAUCCUAUAAAUGUAAUGAGUGUGGAAAAGCCUUUAGCCAUAGCUCACUGCUCAUUGUUCAUCAGAGAAUCCAUACUGGGGAUAAACCUUAUGAAUGUAAAGAGUGUGGGAAAGCCUUCAGUCAGAGCCAAAGUCUUAUUCGACAUCAGCGACUUCACACUGGCGAGAAACCAUAUGUAUGUAGUGAGUGUGGGAAAGCCUUUAGUCAGAGCCAAAGCCUUAUUCGACAUCAGAGAAUCCAUACUGGAGAGAAGCCCUAUAAAUGUCAUGAGUGUGGGAAAGCCUUCUGUCCUAACUCACACCUUACUAUGCAUCAGAGAACCCACACUGGGGAGAAACCCUAUGAAUGCCAUGAAUGUGGGAAAGCUUUCAGUCGGAGCUCAUACCUCAUUGUGCAUCAACGAGUCCAUAUAGAUGAGUCAUUUCACUUAAUUCAUUAGCACGAUGGACUAAUGAAGUCAAGAAAUGUGAUUGAUCCCUGUUGACAUAUACAUUUGGUAGAAAAUCCCACAGCCAUAAAGAAUAGUUACUUUGGCAGAUAUCACAAAUGUGUGCCUCUGAUAUCAAAGGAGUUCAAGGCUAGAGGUUCAUCAUAACCUAUCCUCACUACUGGAAACACAAAAACAUUAAUAUUUCUAAC